AUGGCGAUGACAGCGAAGUCGUCUGAUAAUGAACUUGACCUGGCAUCCUUGACACGGACUUUGGGGCAACUGAAUGAAGAAGUGCAUUCAUCGCGCGUUGGAGUGCUGGAUGCUGUUCGAUCGCGUGGUGCCGAGUUCUCGGCAGCGUCUGACCAGGUCAAUCAGUUGCAGCGUCGAGUCACGGACUUGAACAGGGAUCUUGGAAUCAGCGAAAAGCCACUUCCGCCACUUCCGCCACUUCCGCCACUUCCGCCACUUCCGGCACUGGCUUUGGAAGCCGGGGGUGUGCAGCGGGAAUCGGAGAAGCAUGGGGAGCUCAGUGUACAGCUAUCAGAAGUUGACGAUGCCAUCGAAAUCCUUGCAGCUCUUCUCGAGACCAGAAAAGGCCUUCUUGGGGUGGAAGGCUUGCUCGCAAAAUGCAGAUUCACAGAAGCCGCUGACCUGUUGCAGAUUGUCGCUGCGUCCUUGGCACAGGUCUCUGCACCGAUGGGUGCGGAGCCAAAGAUGAUCCAAUCGGUGAAGGCCGAGUAUUGCACGUUGCGACAUCGCCUGGUUUCUGCAAUCGAUGCGAGGUUUCAUGAGCUGAUCGGGCUCGGUCCCUCCGAAGAAGUUGCGAGACAGGGCAGAAGCCAAGCAAGUUCUGAAGGGACAACACUUCCGGAGGUUUGGAGCCUUUUUCAGGUCCUGGGCCUCCGGAACCGACGCUUGGAUCAUCUUUCCUUGGAGAUAAAGCAGAAGUUGCUUCGACCACUCCUGGCUGCUGGAUCGAGACUCCCACCUGGCCGCCGUCUGACUUUAAACUCAGAUUUCUCAGACGGCAUGUCCUUCGCGAGCUUCGCGUGGAAGGAAGAGGAUUUCGACCAAAACGACGACUUUCGAGACCUAGCGCAAGGAAGGCCCCAAGCUGCGGCGGUGCUGGGUCCCCUGGAGGACCUCCUGGAAAAGCAGAUCCUCCACUGGGCCGGAGCGCUCCCGGAGGUCUAUGCGGCCUUGGGCUCUCGGCUGUAUUUUCCUGUUGCCCGACAGCUUCUCAGCCAGUUUGAGGUCUACGAGCUUGAUGGGGGCCAUGCCGUCCAGCAGUUUGAGAGUCGUCUUCAAUCGCGAGGUUUCAUACGCUCGUCUGAGAGUCCACUAUGGCGCCAUGUUCACCACCUGCGGUUUGCGAAGGAGGAAGCUUCGCGUGCCUCUGUUCUCGUCCAAGCGAAGACGUGGCUUCAGGAGCCCGCAGAAUUGGUCCACGUGGAUGAUGCUGCCUUCCAUGAUGUGAUGCGGCUCGGCAAGUGGUCUGGCACGACGUCGCAGGGCAAGUCACAGGUUCAAUCGAAGCUCGAUCUCGAUCAAGACAGUGGUCUGGGCCUUCUUCAUCUCCCGUCCAUGAAGGUCUCAUCCGUGCUGCUGCGUCUGCUGAGGUGCAUCCUCACCUCAAUGGAGGCAGCACAAGACGCACGGGAUGAUUCUUCAAGAAAAGAGACGCUCGAUCUCGUGCGGCGGCUCUGCGUGCUGUUUGCACUCGUGAGGCCUCACGUGCAUCAGCUCAAAGUGGAUGCAAAGCUCUGUUCCAUCUUCAUGGCGGACCUCCUCUGUUUGGCUCACAUCCUCAUCCUUCUGCCUUCCUGGCCGAUGCCUGACCCGCCCUUUGCGUUGGACUUGGUGCCCCAGCUCCGGCAGCUGGGCGAACGACAUUUCGGCGCCAUGCUGCGACACCACAAGGACCAGCUCCUGUCCGCUUUGCGGCCUUGCAAUCUGGGCCGGGGCGCGGCGGAGGGUGCGGCCUACAUCGCCACGGAGGCGGCCCUGGGCGCGGCUGCGCAGCAGCUGAAGGUGUUCUGCAGUGGCGUUUCAGCUCUGCCUGCCCAGAUCCUCCAGGAGAGCGUGCUGCUGCUCCUGGGCGUCUUUUGCAAAGAGCUUGUGCGGAUGCACCUGGAGGCUGCCGAGGCUGCCGAGCCUUUGUCCAAGGUCUCAAAACCGAAGGAGUUGAAGGUCGAUCUGGCCGCUGGUGUUGGCCGUGUUGUUGGCGUGGGCGGCCGUUUGCUGGAAACCUUUGCAGGUGCAGCUGGCGUGGGCGGCUCUGGCGACGAUUUUCGAGAAGUUCUAGCGGGACUCAAGGGAGAUCCUCGAGUCCCAGACCCGAGUCCGACGGAAGUAUGGGUCCUGGAUGGAGAAGAUGUGUCGAGCGUGAUAUCGCUUUUGACCUCCGCGCAAGCGAUGGUGCGCCAAUGCCUACAAGCCACAAGCCUUGCUAGUGCUGCGGGUGUGGAGGACCAGGUCCCGGGCUACCCCGUGCUUCAAAUCGUGACAGACUUGCUGGGCUCCGAUUUCUCUCGCUUCCUGCAAAGCCGCAAGAGGAUUCUGAAAGCCAUGCAGCGGGACGAGGUGAUCCGGUUAAUGAAGUUGAGCUGGCAGGACGAGGCUCUAACGAUGGAGGAGGCCUGGCGCGUCCUGACAGCCGGCUGA